CCGCUGCCUGAGAUCACAGAGCAUAGCUGUAGAUAAAAAAAACAACAAGUUCAGAUAUGAGAAAGAUGUCUUCUGGACUCUGCCUGGCUUUCAGAAACAGUUCCAGAGCAUGGACAGUAACAAGGUUCUUCAGAAUGACUGUGUUACCAUGUGGACAACCCUAUGUGUGUUCAGGCCGUAGGCACCUCUCUGGGAUUCCUGUGGACCCCCCUCUCACCAGGGAACGAUACCAUGUAUCUCGACUGGAAUUUUCCCAGGUUACAGAUCAGGAUAUAAACUUCUUCCAGCAGUUGGCUCCUGGCAGGGUUGUCACUGAUGAGGAAGAUUUAAAAAGUCAUAAUAUUGAUUGGCUGCGAACAGUACGAGGUCAAAGUAAACUUCUACUAAAGCCUAGAAAUACAGAGGAAGUUUCUCAAAUUCUGAGAUACUGUAAUAAGAGGAACCUUGCAGUUACUCCUCAGGGAGGGAACACAGGAUUAGUUGGGGGAAGUGUUCCUGUGUUUGAUGAAAUUAUUAUCUCCAUGGCUCUUAUGGACCAGGUCACUAGUUUUGAUAAAGUGUCUGGUGUCCUGGUGUGUCAAUCUGGCUGCAUUCUCGAAUCAUUAAAUCAAUAUCUUGAAAGCCGGGGGUAUAUAAUGCCAUUAGACCUUGGAGCAAAGGGAAGUUGUCACAUUGGCGGCAACUUAGCCACGAAUGCUGGUGGUCUGCGACUCCUUAGAUAUGGAUCAUUACGUGGAACAGUCUUGGGACUUGAAGUGGUCCUUCCUGAUGGCUCCAUUAUGGACUGCCUCAGCUCUCUCCGCAAGGACAACACAGGAUAUGAUCUGAAGCAGCUUUUCAUUGGCUCUGAGGGGACUCUGGGAAUAAUAACAGCUGUAUCUAUAAUCUGUCCUCGGAAGCCCAGUGCCGUCAAUGUAGCACUGCUUGGAUGUGAGGACUUCACAAGAGUGUUGCAGGUGUUCACUUUGUGCAGAGAUCAUCUUGGUGAAAUUCUGUCUGCUUAUGAAUUCAUGGACUCUGAGUCUAUGAGGGUGGUCCAGACACACUUGAAGCUGAACAACCCAUUGCAAGACAACGCCUUCUAUGUUCUAAUAGAAACGUCUGGCUCCAAUGCAUCCCAUGAUGAAGACAAACUGACUGCAUUUUUGAGUAAUGCCCUGGACUCUGGUCUUGUGACAGAAGGAACAGUAGCCACAGACCAGAGCAAAAUAAAGUCUCUCUGGGCUCUCCGAGAACGAAUCACAGAAGCUCUUUCUCAUGAUGGCUAUGUUUACAAGUACGACCUAUCUAUGCCUGUGGAAAAGAUAUAUGACUUGGUUGAAGAAACAAGGGCUCGUUUGGGUACAUCUGCACAAAGAGUGGUUGGAUAUGGACAUCUAGGUGAUGGGAAUGUGCAUUUAAAUGUAACUGCUGAGAGACACAGUGACUCAUUACUUGCUGCUAUAGAACCCUUUGUGUAUGAAUGGACGGCUCAACAUCGUGGGAGCAUCAGUGCUGAGCAUGGACUGGGAUUCAAAAAAAGGGACCAUAUUCACUACAGCAAAUCUAAAGAGGCUGUUCAGCUUAUGCAGAGAAUCAAACACAUGCUCGAUCCGAAGGGUAUAAUGAAUCCUUACAAGACAAUACCAUGCGCCGAUUAAUCUUUGCACCUUUACCUAAAACCCCUGAUCCAGUACCCAUUUCUUAUGACAAGUUGUCUAUCAAAAUGAUUAUUGUUAAUGCAAACAAUCACUAAAGUAGAUUACUUUUCAUAAUUGUAUCAUUGAUAAAUCCAGUUUUGUAUUAUUUUUAAUACUGAAACAAACUUUUCUAUUGUGCUAAUUUUAAUUUGACCAGUUGGCAGUAACCUAAGGUAUAGCUAUUAAAAUAAAUGUUAAGAUCCUAAAAUAUCGUUAUCAAAAAAUAUUAGAAGAUGGUGCUAAAAAAUUCUGCAGUACUGUUUGCUAAAGAAUAUGGGUCUCUUGUUAUUAUUUACCUGUUCUUUCCUGUCUCACUAAGACACUAGAUCUUGUCCCCAUCCAGUUUUUAAAUCUUCACAAGUUCUUUGGAUAAUGCAAUUUAGGAUAUCCCAUACUUCUUUGUGUGUUCUCUUGAGUAUAAACAAUAUUUCAAGGA